UUGCACAUUCUGGGAAUCUCUGUUGUUGUUUAGCCCAAGUUGGGAGGUCCUCGUGUGCUCCAGCUGACAGAUAUAUUCCUCCGCAAAAAGGAGAAUAUAUUCUCGCCAUAUUCACCCAGUUUGGUGUGGGAGGACACACCCGGACAUAGUCCCGUCGCUGGCCACCAUACCCACAAGAGCAGGGACAACUCAGGUGGCCGUCUUGCCCCACUGUGACAAUGGAGAAGGAAGUCCUGGGCCAGACGGCCAAGUAUCUUCAAGCAGGACGACUUAAGAUGUCACAGGAGAGUAACAAGGUUGUUAUAGAACUGGGAGGAAAGAAGAUUGCUGGGUUUGUAUGCGGGACUUUGCAUCUUGUCCGCUCACAGAAGGCUGAACUAGAAGGCCGUACCAAUCUAGAAAAAUGUCUCACCCAGCACUGGCUAACUUACUGUACAACUGACCUCUUCCAUUGUCCCACCUAUGAGGCCCUUAAUGGAUGUCUACAAUACAUUAAUACAGAGUUGGCCAAUCAUUCCUACCUAUGCGGCUACACACCAACAGUUGCCGAUAUAGUAAUGUUCCUUGCACUUCAUCCCUUCAUAUCUAAGUGGACCUUCCUUCAAAAGGAGCAGUACAUGAACAUCUCCAGAUGGUUCGGUUCUAUGCAAAAUGACGAUGAUCUUCGUAAGACAUAUGCACCAGUUCAGUUCUCUCGAACAUUGUUGUAUGAAGGAACUAGCAGGCCUCACUGAUACUGUUAUCUCUUUUAAACCAAUAACCAAAAUUUUUUAUAAAUGGAAGAUAUUGAAAAAUGAUUGUAGUGUUUUAUUAAUGUGAAACCACAAAGCUACAUAAUUUUUGUUUAAUCAAAAUGGUAUUCAUGAUGAGAAAUCAUGUUAUUUUGAAUCCUAUGUAUUGCUUAAGUCUAAGCAUAUUAUAAAUGUGUCUUUAAACUAAA